AUGAGUAAGUUCUAGAAAAUCCACUCUACACUAUAGUGCAUGUAGUUAAUAAUACUGUUCUGCAUAUUCCAAAACUUGUUAAGAAUGUAGAUCUUGUAUUAAAUGUUCUAAUCACAAAAAAGAGGGGAGGAGGAGAUGUUUAGAGGUGAUAGUUAUGUUUAUGGCAGUGUUUAUUGUGGUGACAGUUUCAUGGCCGUAUACUUACUUUCAAACUCAUCCAGGUAAAUAUGUACAGCUUUCUUUGUGUAUCAAGCAUACUGAAUUUAAAAAUAUUGUUUAAAAGGACACUGAUAUUACUAAUAACAGUUUGGCACACAGUUGUGAGAUUUUGGUGCUUUGUUCCAUUGCUGCUGCCUGAAAUCUGUUGGCAAGUCAAAUUUGUCUUCCUCCACUUAUUUAAUUUCUUUGUUGUAGCUUUGGACUGUUCGGGUAUGUUUGCACCUUCCACAAUACGGUUAGAUAAAAGUGAGGGCACGCUGGAUGAUUGUUACCACUGGAUUCUCUUUAAAAAAGAAAAGCAACCCCAGAACAUAGGCCAUUUUUUGUUUUGGGUGUUGUUUUUUCCAUACAGAGAGCUGAGACAGGCUUAUGUGUGAAUGUUAAAUUUAAGGAUAAUGAUCAUUGUGUCUGUCCAUAAGUAAGCAUUUUGGGAGAUCCAAACUAAAACUGCAGUCAUUGAUAUUCAUUUCUUCUUUCUUUCAUUCAAAUGUAUUGCCUGCCUGUGCCUUGUAAUGUGUUAGAGGCUGAGGACAAAAGCAAUGAGGCAGGGAAUCUGCUCUCAAGAUGGUGACAGACUUGUAGCUGAGUAUGCAUGAUUCACUAUGAUGGGUACAGUAAUAGCACACAGCAGCCCACAUGAAAGGAGCGCAUUGCCAUGCCAGGGGCCUGCGAGGAGCUUAAAGAGGAGACCUCAGACAGUAAAAGUCAUAGAGAUGAUUAAUUUGGUUAAUGGCUCCAGGAUGGACUAUAUUACUAUACUAUAACUGUAAUACCAGGCCAUCUGAACAGAAUUGUUUAUUUGUCUUAUAUUAUGAAUGUCUGUGAUUCUUUUUUUUUCUUUUUUUUUUAAACGCUUCACGAAUUUUUGUGUCAUCCUUGCGCAGGGGCCAUGCUAAUCUUCUCUGUGUCGUUCCAAUUCUGGUGUAUGUGCUGCCGAAGUGAGCACUGAAUGUCUGAUUCUUGGCAGUGUAUAUUCCUGAUGUGCUCUUAGCAAAUUUCAAGAACUUCACUGGGCUCAAUCACAUACGUCAUGGGAGGAUGAUGACCAUAAAACAAGAGGUUUCUGGAACUCUCUCCCAAUAACUCAUUCCGCCUAUUCCCAUCUCACCAGUCGUCAGGUUGGAAACCCUAAAUUGGAUGAACUACUCUAUUCCAUUUCUGAUAUUUAUUAGGAAGGAGCCAUGGCUCUAGACGGGAUAAGGAUGCCAGAUGGCUGCUAUGCGGAUGGGACGUGGGAAUUGAGCGUUCAUGUGACGGACCUGAACCGCGAUGUCACCCUAAGAGUGACCGGGGAGGUGCACAUUGGAGGGGUGAUGCUCAAGUUGGUGGAAAAACUCGAUGUAAAAAAAGAUUGGUCUGACCACGCUCUGUGGUGGGAAAAGAAGAGAACUUGGCUCCUCAAGACACAUUGGACCUUGGACAAGUAUGGCGUUCAGGCAGAUGCUAAGCUUCAGUUCACCCCCCAGCACAAGCUGCUCCGCCUGCAACUUCCCAACAUGAAGUAUGUGAAGGUGAAAGUGAAUUUCUCUGACAGAGUCUUCAAAGCUGUUUCUGACAUCUGUAAGACUUUUAAUAUCAGACACCCUGAAGAGCUUUCUCUAUUAAAAAAACCCAGAGAUCCAACAAAGAAAAAAAAGAAAAAGCUAGAUGACCAGUCUGAAGAUGAGGCACUUGAAUUAGAGGGGCCUCUUAUCACUCCCGGAUCUGGCACUGAUGUUCUUUACAUUGGCCCUCUGAAAGGAAGUAUAUAUUCAAGCCCAGGACUUUAUAGUAAAACAAUGACCCCCACUUACGAUGCUCAUGAUGGAAGCCCCUUGUCACCAACUUCUGCUUGGUUCGGUGACAGUGCUUUGUCAGAAGGCAACCCUGGUAUACUUGCUGUCAGUCAGCCAAUAACAUCACCGGAAAUCUUGGCCAAAAUGUUCAAGCCUCAAGCCCUUCUUGACAAAGCAAAAAUCAACCAAGGGUGGCUUGAUUCCUCAAGAUCUCUCAUGGAACAGGAUGUGAAGGAAAAUGAGGCCUUGCUGCUCCGAUUCAAGUAUUACAGCUUUUUUGAUUUGAAUCCAAAGUAUGAUGCAAUCAGAAUUAAUCAGCUUUAUGAGCAGGCCAAAUGGGCUAUUCUCUUGGAAGAAAUUGAAUGCACCGAAGAAGAAAUGAUGAUGUUUGCAGCCUUGCAGUAUCAUAUCAAUAAGCUGUCGAUCAUGACAUCAGAGAAUCAUUUGAACAACAGUGACAAAGAAGUGGAUGAAGUUGAUGCUGCCCUUUCAGACCUGGAGAUUACUUUGGAAGGGGGUAAAACAUCAACAAUUUUGGGGGACAUCACUUCCAUUCCUGAACUUGCUGACUAUAUUAAAGUUUUCAAGCCAAAAAAGCUGACUCUAAAAGGUUACAAGCAGUACUGGUGCACCUUUAAAGACACAUCUAUUUCUUGCUAUAAGAGCAAAGAAGAAUCCAGUGGCACACCAGCUCAUCAGAUGAACCUAAGAGGGUGUGAAGUUACCCCAGAUGUGAACAUUUCAGGCCAAAAAUUUAACAUUAAACUCCUCAUUCCAGUUGCAGAGGGCAUGAAUGAAAUCUGGCUUCGUUGUGACAAUGAAAAACAGUAUGCACACUGGAUGGCAGCCUGCAGGUUGGCCUCCAAAGGCAAGACCAUGGCGGACAGUUCCUAUAACUUAGAAGUUCAAAAUAUUCUUUCCUUUCUGAAGAUGCAGCAUUUAAAUCCAGAUCCUCAGUUAAUACCAGAGCAGAUCACAACCGAUAUAAAUCCUGAAUGUUUGGUGUCCCCUCGCUAUCUAAAAAAGUACAAGAACAAGCAGGAAAAAGGAUGCAAAAAACAGAUGCCAGGCUAUAUAAGAGAUUUGAUAACAGCAAGAAUCUUGGAGGCCCAUCAGAAUGUAGCUCAGAUGAGUCUAAUUGAAGCCAAGAUGAGAUUUAUUCAAGCUUGGCAGUCAUUACCAGAAUUCGGCAUCACACACUUUAUUGCAAGAUUCCAAGGGGGCAAAAAAGAAGAACUUAUUGGAAUUGCAUACAACAGACUGAUUAGGAUGGACGCCAGCACAGGAGAUGCAAUUAAAACCUGGCGUUUCAGCAACAUGAAACAGUGGAAUGUAAACUGGGAAAUAAAAAUGGUCACUGUAGAGUUUGCAGAUGAAGUACGAUUGUCCUUCAUUUGUACUGAAGUAGAUUGCAAAGUGGUUCAUGAAUUCAUUGGUGGCUACAUAUUUCUCUCAACACGUGCAAAAGACCAAAAUGAGAGUUUAGAUGAAGAGAUGUUCUACAAACUUACCAGUGGUUGGGUGUGAACAGAAACACUUUGUAAUGAAGCUCCAUGGCCAUAACAGUUAUUUAAGUUUAAAAGCUGUUUGUUAUAUGCUGCUUAAUAAAGUAAGCUUGAAAUUUAUUAUUUUAUCAUGAAAACAUCUUUGCCUUACCAGACCAGUUAAUCUGUGCACUAACAAGCACGACUAUUAAUCGCUGUCAUGAUACAAUGUAUGGACUUGAAUAUGGCACACGUUCCUUAGGGCCAUGAAUUGAAAACAAGUAGUGGGCAAGUCAGAAACAAAACAUCACUGAUUCAAGCUAGCCAAACUGUAUGUAAGAAACUCAAGCCAUCUACUUUAAAGCUAUCCAGGGCUUAAACUAUAUGAAGUCUAUUUAUCAUGUUUAAUGCAUGUGUUUUAAUGUAUGUUUAAUUUGACCUCGUAUUUUUCAAACAGCCUAUACUUCUGGUCGCCAUUUGUCGUCUGUCUGCUCCCACCCCCCCCCCCCAAAUAAAUCAGGCCUGCAGAAGGUGCCUGAUAUUUAAUACUGUCGUUGUUUGAUCUUGAAGGAAAUAGCUGUUAGUCGUCAUGCCUGGUUUGUGUUUGUCCUUGAAUAAGCAUGUAUGUAUAUUGUCUUGUGUUUUUAUUUUUACACCAUAUUGUAUUACAACACUUUUAGUAUUCACCAGCAUAUUCACUGUCUGCCUAAAAUAUGCAACCUUUGCAUUACAAUAUGAAGUAAAAGGUCUAUGAAGUAUGCAUUUUGUGUAACUAAUGUACAAACACAAAUUUUAUAAGAUUGUACAGUUUUUUAAAAAACUACUCACUAGCAAAUGGCUUGGAUGUUGCAUCUUUGCAAUUAAUUAAAUGCUCUUUAAAAUAUAAUUAAUGUGCAGUUUUAAUAUCUGCUAAAUUAAGGAUGACUUCAUUAUAGUCAUGAUUUGCCACAGUGUCCUUAACUCGAAUGCCUGGACUGGCUGUGUUCUAGUCUGUUGCGCUGUUACAAUCCGCAUUGGUGCUAGUCAGAAAAUUCCUAGCUCACGUAGCCCAAAAGGGUGCCAGGGAGGGGGUAGAUUACCAGUAUUGUUCAAUAAUCCAUGGUUUAAAGACUGUAUAAAUGCAUUUUAUUUUAAAUAAAAGCAAAAUCUUUUA